AUGUGGGUACCCCUCGAUACACGCCACCGCAAAGUAGAGCAAACUUUCGCCGAGCCGGGCGUUGGACUUGGCGAGGUCGAGGUGGCCAACGAGGGACGCGGAGAGGACUCAGAGGAGAGUAAGGUUGCUAUACGAAAUGUUGAUUCACGACCAGAUGUUGAAUCCACGGAGAUUGUUCUGGUUGGGACAUUGGACGGCUGUGUGCUGUUUGUAGAUGUGAUAACUCCCAGUCUGCCCUCUUUGUUAUUUUUGGAGGCUAAGCGCAGGAUAUUUGGUUCUCGAGGGGCUCAAUCCACGAGACACAUUCUGCGUAUGCAACCGUCCUUGACUCCAGACCAGCAAAGCAUUCCAGCGUUCUCUGUGCACGGCGCACCGAUCACCAAGUUGAACUUUUCUCGAGCGUUGACCGAUCAGCAUCGUCAGACUUGUUCCAGGAAUAUGGUUAUAUCAGCGGACCGUCAUUGGUUCGCGGUAACGGACAAUCUUGGUCGUGUGCUUUUGGUGGAUGUCCGACGAGAACGGGUUGUGCGUAUUUGGAAAGGCUACCGAGAUGCGGAGUUGGCUUUUUUCGAACUGACAGACAAAACCUCCUCAUCUGUUCGUGAUACUCGGUGCUUGCUCAUUCAUGCUCCUCACCGACGCAUGUUGGAAUUGUUUCGUCUGGUUCAUGGGCCGUGCUUGUCUACAUGGGAUGUGGAUGAGCCUGUACGUCUGAUUCCGGCCUAUCACCAAGUGAUCGGAGAUUUCUACCCCGCUUACGGGCUUGAUCGCCUUCGCGGUAUGCAUCAGGUCUUUCUUUUGGACAAGAAGGGUACGCUAUACACGCUACAGUUAGGCACUGCACUGUGUCUGGCUGAAACGGAUUCGGAGGCCGCCCUGAAUUACCAUGACUAUCAAAUGUUACAGGCGUGCUACACCUGUUUGGAACAACUUCAUGCACUCGGUCCCGCUACGGUCAGUGCUCAACUGCUAGAUCAUUUUGCCCAGUUCAAAUCGGCCAGUUGGUUCGAACGGGCAAUUCAGAACACAUCUCUUCCGGAACUGGAGCUGACCGAGUUCACUGGUCAUUGUAUUUCCCUGUUGUCCAAAUAUGAUGUUCGACGUGAAAACGGUGUUCAAUUUCGAGAAUUUCAACGGCUUCGUUUCCAGUUGAGUAAAAUGCACUCGGUGAUGCAAUUUUACUUGAAAGCCGCAUCAGUCGUCCGGAAUUUGAUGCACAUUGAAUCUGUCCGGACAGAUUCCGAGCACGCAAACGCAUGGCACGAGGAGGCUGAGUCCAUCGCAGACUUAUUGAACUGGGAUGUCGAUGAGGCUACUCGAUGUUUGUCGGUCUAUUCCAUUUGUUCACAAAUUCUCCGUCCCUCCUCCCAUUUGCGUUUGACCAAACCGAUUGAAAUAAGAGCUUUUCGCGAUUGUUUCAAAUACACGGUCAAUAUUAGAUCAAUGGAAUCGAGCUCACAAAUUUUGGACACUGAAUCGACUGCGCGUGUCUUUCUAACCCUCCGACCAGAUGAUACCACAUCACGAUCGGCUAAAAUUGAUCUCAUCGCAUCCGAAAAAACUCAUCCGUUCGACUGGUCCUCGAAUCAUACGGGGGACAGCGCCACAGCCAGGUCAUCAUCGGAUCAUCCAGAUGUCGUGCGUGUAUUCCAACGUUUGUGGGACAAGUUGCGCGAUUUCGUUGUCGCCAGCUCACAACUAUCUUCAUCUUAUCUUCUCAGUUUGGUAUUUCGAUCUCUCCUGUACCAAGCAUGGGAAUCGGUCGAUCGAGAUGCAAGCAUCGUGAAUGCUUGGUACGCAUGUGCUCAGUCUGCUUCCAGUGCAUCUACUGCUGAAAAAGGUCAAUUCCUCGGAGUUGAUCAAUCCACUGAGCACCCCACAACCGGGAUCCAUUCUGUCCGUUCUUCGAGUCCUGUCAUACACACAGAUAGCUCCUCUGUUCCGCUGAAACCAGUCGGCUCUCAAGCGGUCAAACCAAUAAUCCCGUUGUCCACAUUGAAUGCGCUCGUCGAUCAUUGGCAUGACACAUGCACUCGAUUGGAAGAUCUAUUCACUCUAGGCCUCCUUGUUCAGUUGCCCGCCACGGAUACCCACGAUUUUUCACGUGAUCCGGACUCAGCGAAUGAACCUCAAGUGUUCCCGAUUACUUUGAGACGUGCCUUCAAUUGUGGACGUGCUUGUCUGACGGAACUGUUUGCCUCUUGGCUCGUUCAUUGGCACAUUCCACCGGAUCAGCUGAUCACAUUCUAUCAGAGUAUAUGCCACACCUCCGAAUCCAAUCCGAAUUCUGAUUCCACGGAGCUCGCACUGAUCGAUUCAUCUAAUUUACGUCGAGGCAAGUUUGUUCUUUUUUCGAAAUGCGAGGUGGCUUCGUGUGUCAGUGAUUACUGGGCCGUUUUUUCUUCUGGUGGUACACAAAAUUUACUUGGUCGAAUGAAGUUUUCAAAUUUGAAUGCACAAUGGUUACCGUAUUGGCCUCAAUUACACGUUGUCGACUAA